UUCAUCUCCUCUCUCUCUCAAUCUUCAUUCUUAUCUCCUCAAGCUUCCUAUCCCUCGUUUCCUAUAAUACGACGUCGCGUAGGUGUCCACCAUGAGCAUCCCAAUCUAGCAAUGUCGUCAUGCUAUUGGGGCGUUCGUGGUGACACCUAUGUGACGUCGUACUGUGAGAUACUGAUAGUGAGCUUGAGAGAUAAUAUCAGAGAUUAGUACAACCUGUCUAUGUGAGCCUUUAAAUAAGAAACAAUAUAACAAUAUAUAUUAGUUCCACAAAAUUUUAAACUCGAUGUGAUUGCUCAUGAUGGUUUAAAAGGGAUGUUUGAAAAGAUCAUGAACCCGUCGAUGGAAUCACGCCGAGGGCGAACGUCGCCUUCACCACGAAGAAGAGCCUGCCCGAGAUCGACGCUGGCGCCGCGUGCGGAAGGCAGGCUUUUCUUCUGAGUGAAAGCGGUCGCCGGCGGUGUGAUAUUGUCGACCGGGUUCAUUGUAUAUAGAAUGUUGCAUUAUAUAUUUAUAAUGCAAAAUGGGGUAUAAUCUAACUUAUUUAUUAAUUUUUUCGUAUUUGUGUGUAUUUCUUGAAAUGAAAUUUUGUGAUAUGGGGGUCUUAUAUAUUCCUUCAUAUUUUUAUGAUUGUUUAAGUGAAACUUUGUGUGUGUAGUGUGAAGUACAUAUAUGUCUUAUUUCUUUCAUUUUUUAGGUGAUUAAUUGAAAAAUAUACUUGUGCGUGUGUGUACGCCUAUGAAAUGCUUAAUUAUUUCUUUUCAUAUUUAUCUGAUUCUUGAAAUUAAACCAUAUAUUUUUAUUAUAAUAUUCAAAUCUAAUAAUUUAUUAUAAUUUUCAUUAUUAAUUUGAUGAAUUUUGUGCAACGAAUAGUACCCGGUUCAUUUCACUACACAUGUUGAUUCUAUUGUAGAAACAUAUAGAAAAAAAAAUCGGAUUUCUUUGAUAUAAUUAUUCCCAAAUUAAUGUAUGUAUUUCAACUUCUAUCACUCCAAUGAUUCUACACAAUUCCAAGUGAAAACACAAUUCUGAUCGUUUCAACUAAUUAACAAGUAAUGUCGACACUCUUACUGUGAUGAAAAACAUAAUUCUCAGAUCUUAACAAACCUCACUUAUAAAUAUAGAUCAGCUAAAUAUCCCUUAUUAAUCACAUCUUCAUCGUCUCUAAAAACCUCACUUAUAAAUAUAGAUCAGCUCAAAUCUCUAUUAGUCACAUCUCGAAGAAACUUUUUUUUCGUAAUUAAUGAAGAAUCUUAUUCUCGCCGCAAUCACAUUGUUAAUUCUGGCGGGCGCCGCCGGCGUGUGCCUCCCGGUGGCGGCGCGGCGGUGGCCGGCGCUGUUCUUCACGAUGAAGGCGUUCGCCGCCGGCGUGAUCCUGUCGACGGGGUUCAUACACGUGCUGUCGGACGCCUUUGAGCUGGAUUUUCCGUUCACCGGAUUCGUCGGCAUGGUGGCGGCGAUCGGGACGCUCGUGGUCGACACCUACGCGACGUCGUAUUAUAGGCGGCGGGCGGAGGUGGUUUGUGUGAGAGAGCCUCUCGUUGAGAAAGUGCAGUAUCUGUACGAGAGGAUCUCGAAGCUCGAGGAGCUGAGCCCCUCGAAAGAGGUGGACGAGCUCUUCACAGAGCUCGUCCACGUCUGCACUCCCCCUCACCCGCUCGACGCGGCCAAGCUGUCCCCAGAGAUCCAGGAGAUGCGCGGCAAGCUCAUCUCCCUCUGCGGCCGCGCCGAGGGGCUCAUGGAGAAGCACUUCUCCGCGCUCCUCGCCGCCUUCGCGCGGCCCCUCGACAACCUCCGCCGCUUCCCGUACUACACGAACUACCUCAAGCUCGGUCGUCUCGAAUCCGACCUCCUCGCCCCGCACUGCCCCGACCCGGCCCGCGUGGCGUUCGUGGGCUCCGGCCCCCUCCCCCUCACCUCCAUCGUCCUCGCCGCCCACCACCUCGGCUCCACCGUGUUCGACAACUUCGACAUCGACGCCUCCGCCAACGCCAUGGCGGCGAGGCUGGUGGCCCCGCACCCGGAGAUAUCGGCGCGGAUGGGGUUCCACACGGGCGACAUCCUGCACGUGCCGGGCGCCGUGCUGCGCCAAUACGACGUCGUGUUCCUGGCGGCCCUCGUGGGGGUGGACGCGGCGGAGAAGGUGCGCGUCGUGGAGCACUUGGCCGCCGGCAUGGCCCCCGGCGCCAUCCUCAUGCUCCGCAGUGCCCACGGCGCCAGGGCCUUCCUUUACCCCGUCGUCGACCUCGGCCUCCUCCGCGGCUUCCAGCUCCUCUCCGUCUACCACCCCACCGACGACGUCAUCAACUCCGUCGUCGUUGCCAGGAGGUGCUCCGUCGCCGUUGAAGACCAUCACCGCUAGCUUAUAGUUUAUGAUUCUGAUUGGUUUUAGCAGUCUCGAUCGACUGUGUGCAUGCGUCUUGUGUUGUUUUUUUUCUUCCAAGAAUUAAAUAACAUGAUGAUGAUCAUGAUCAUGACCAAUUAAUUUAUUUAUGAGAUUUGAAUGGUGUUUUAAAUUUGGAAAGACACUAUUAUU